AUGUCUGAAAAAUUGACUGGGUCGUCGGACUCCGAUGUUGCCAGAUCCAUCACUACCUCUGUUGAUAAGAACAUCGAGAAAAGUGUCGCUGAAGUCGAUUUUGAGCUCGCUGAUGUGGAUGGAAGAGAGCCUACUGAGCUCGAAAUGAAGACUUUACGUCAUGUCUCGGAGAAAAUUCCAAUUAGUUGCUGGCUCGUGGCUAUUGUUGAGUUGGCUGAGAGAUUUUCCUACUAUGGAUUGUCGACACCUUUCCAAAACUACAUGCAAAAUGCUCCAGACGACAAGCCUGCUGGUGUUUUGAAUUUGAAGAACAAUGGUGCCACUGCAUUGUCGUACUUCUGGCAGUUUUGGUGUUAUGUGACUCCAGUGUUCGGUGCUUGGAUUUCGGAUACAUAUAUCGGUAAGUACAAUGCCAUUUGUGUGUUCUGUGGUAUUUACAUUGUUGGUAUUCUCAUUUUGUUCGUGACUUCCUUGCCUUCUGUUGCUUCCCACAACACCUCGUUGGGUGGUUUUAUUGUUGCUAUUAUCAUCAUUGGUUUGGGUACUGGAGGUGUCAAGUCUAAUGUGUCUCCAUUGAUCGCGGACCAGGUGCCCAAGACCAAACCUGUAAUCAAAAUUUUAAAGAGUGGUGAAAAGGUCAUUCAAGACCCAAACAUCACCAUUCAGAAUGUGUUUAUGUUUUUCUACCUCAUGAUUAACAUUGGUUCGUUGUCGGUGCUUGCAACCACAAACUUAGAGCACCAUGUUGGCUUCUGGGCUGCUUAUUUGUUGCCAUUGUGCUUCUUCCUUAUUGCUCCAAUUGUUCUUUUCUUUGGCAAGGACAUGUAUGUGAAGGUGCCAGUGUCUGACCGUGUGAUUGCCAAGUCUUUCCGCAUCACUUUCAUUGCAAUCAAGAACAAGUUCAACUUCAAUGCUACCAAGCCUCUGAUGAACCCUGAGGCUAAGUACCCUUGGACAGACCAAUUUGUGGAUGAGGUGAACCGUGCUGUUCACGCAUGUAAGGUUUUUGUCUUCUACCCAAUCUACUGGCUUGUGUACGGACAGAUGAUCAACAACUUUGUUUCCCAGGCUGGCCAGAUGGAGUUGCACGGGUUGCCUAACGACAUCUUGCAAGCCAUUAACGCAUUGUCCAUUAUCAUUUUCAUUCCAAUCUGUGAACGUUUCGUGUAUCCAUUCAUCCGGAGAUUUACCCCAUUCAAAGCCAUCACUAAGAUAACUUGGGGAUUUAUGUUUGGAGCUUCGGCCAUGGUGUACGCAGCCGUUCUCCAGCACUACAUUUACCAGGCUGGUCCUUGUUACGACAACCCCAAGGCAUGUGCUCCCCAGUUCAAGACUGUUCCCAACAGAGUUCAUGUCGCUAUCCAGACUCCAGCAUAUGUUUUGAUUGGUAUCUCUGAGAUUUUGGCCUCUAUCACCGGCUUGGAGUAUGCAUACACCAAGGCACCUGUGUCGAUGAAGUCGUUCAUUAUGUCUUUGUUCUUGCUUACCAAUGCCUUUGGUUCUGCUAUUGGUAUUGCUCUCUCUCCUACUUCCAUGGACCCCAAGUUGGUGUGGACCUACACUGGAUUGGCCUGUUCAUGUUUCAUUGCUGGAUGUUUGUUCUACGUUUGCUUCAGACACUACAACCAGAAGGAAGAUGAAUGGAACCAGUUGGACUAUAAGAAGGAUGAGUUGGAGCCAGUUCGGUCUUUGAACGAAUCUCUCGCUGUACGUUGA